CCCAGUUUGGACACAAGCAGAGUAAAUAAACGAAUCCAGAAUGAACUCCUUUCUUAGAAGUGAAGAAAUGUGCUUGGUCCAACUAUUCUUUCAAACAGAAACUGCCUAUAGUUGCAUUUGUGAGCUGGGGGAACUUGGACUUGUGCAGUUUAAGGAUCUAAACCCAGGCACUGUCGCCUUCCAGCGGAAGUUUGUGAAAGAGGUCAAAAGAUGCGAAGAGAUGGAACGAAUACUUUGGUUUUUGGAGAAGGAGAUUACAAAUUCCAACAUUCCAAUAAUGGACGGCAGAGGAAAUGGAAAGGCACCUUGCCCAAGGGAUGUGCUGGAAAUGGAGGCUGUCUUUGAAAAGCUAGAAAAGGAGUUAAAAGAGAUCAACUCGAAUCAUGAAGUUUUAAAACAGAACUUCACAGAAAUGAUGGAGAUUAAGUAUUUGCUCCAGAUAACUGAAGACUUCUUUGAAGAGGCAGAAUCUCAGCUUUCCAGUUCUGAGCUCCCAUCUCACGAUUCAGAGUCCAUGGCUGCAUCGUUACGACAGACUAGCAGAAGAACGAGCAGUGUCAGUGCCGGAGGGUCCCUUAAACUGGGGUUUGUAGCUGGUGUUAUCAAGCAAGAACGAUUCCCUGCUUUUGAAAGAGUUCUGUGGAGAGUGUGCCAUGGAAAUUUUGUCUUGAGACAUGUGAAAAUUCAGGCACCGUUGGAAGAUCAUGUUGCUGGGGAGUUUGUCAAGAAGGAUGUCUUCAUUAUUUUCUUACAGGGAGAGGAAUUUAAAGGCAAGAUUAGAAAAAUAUGUGAAGGAUUCCAUGCAACUAUGUAUCCAUGCCCUGCCUCCUUAUAUGCAAGAAUGGAAAUGAGAACUCAGGUUAAGUUGUGCAUUGAGGAUCUAAACAUGGUCCUGAAGCAGACUGAUGAGCACAGGAAACAUAUUUUAACCUCUGCAGCAGCCAGCAUUCACGAGUGGAGUAUGAAAGUGAAAAAGAUGAAAGCCAUUUAUUACACACUGAACCUCUGCAACAUAGACAUCACACAGAGGUUAAUUAUAGCUGAGAUCUGGUGUGCAGUUUCUGACCUCAGCAAAAUUCAUGCAGCAUUAGUCACGAGAUCGGAGCAGAAUGGAUCCAGUCUGGGUCCUAUAUUGAACAGAAUAAAGACAGAACAAACCCCACCAACAUUCAACAGGACCAAUGCCUUUACCUCAGGCUUCCAAAGUAUCAUUGAUGCAUAUGGAGUGGGGAAUUACCAAGAAAUAAACCCAGCUCCAUAUAGCAUUGUCACCUUCCCAUUCCUGUUCGCUGUGAUGUUCGGAGACUGUGGACAUGGACUUAUCAUGACUCUCUUUGCUAUGUGGAUGGUUACGCAAGAACAACAAUUUAAAAAGCUGAAGAAUGAGCUAAUCGAUACUAUAUUCAAUGGUCGUUACAUUGUUCUUCUGAUGGGGAUUUUCUCAGUCUAUACUGGCUUCAUUUAUAAUGAUUGCUUCUCCAAAACAUUCAAUAUAUUUGGGUCUGCCUGGAAUGUUAAAGCUAUGUUUAAGCCAAAUGGACCUUGGAGCAACCACUCAUUACACGACUCUGCAGUACUGCAGCUGGAUCCUGCUGUCCCAGGGGUCUUUUCAGGAUAUCCUUAUCCAUUUGGCAUUGACCCUAUUUGGAAUAUUGCAUCAAAUAAAUUAACCUUCUUAAACUCUUACAAAAUGAAGAUGUCUGUGAUUGUGGGAGUUCUUCACAUGCUGUUUGGAGUCAUCCUAAGCCUAGUAAAUUACAUAUAUUUUAAGAACACAUGCAACAUUUUUCUACAGUUUAUCCCCGAGAUUGUCUUCAUGGUAUGUCUUUUUGGAUAUUUGGUCUUUCUCAUCAUCUACAAGUGGUGCAUUGUAACAGUGGAUGAGUCGGAGACAGCCCCCAGCAUUCUCCUGCUCUUUAUUAACAUGCUGCUCUUCACUUACGAUGAGCCUACAGACACCUUUCUCUACAAGAGGCAGAGAGGAGUUCAGACAUUCUUGGUUGUUACUGCUCUUUUGAUGGUUCCCUGGAUGUUGUUCAUCAAGCCACUGCUGUUGUACAAAGAACAAAAGAAUACAAAACAAUUGCAGGUAAAUGGAUCUCCAAACAAGCUAUCGUUCUGUCACAACUCUGACCAGUCUGACCAAGAAAUGGUAGAAGUCAAUGGAGCGCCCUCCUCCAGUCAUUGUGAAGAGGAAAAGGUGAACUUGGGAGACAUGUGUGUCUAUCAGGCUAUCCACACUAUUGAAUACUGCCUGGGCUGUAUUUCCAACACAGCCUCCUAUUUGCGCCUGUGGGCGCUUAGCUUGGCUCACGCUGAGCUAUCUGAGGUUCUGUGGAAGAUGGUUUUGCAGGUGGCCUUCACUGCAGGCAAUCACCUGGAAUCAGUGGUGUUGGCCGUCAUCUUUGCUGCCUUUGCUGUUCUUACUGUGGCUAUUUUGCUCAUCAUGGAGGGCCUCUCUGCAUUUCUACAUGCCCUGCGUCUGCACUGGGUUGAAUUUCAAAACAAGUUCUAUAAAGGAUCUGGCUACAAGUUUACACCUUUCUCUUUUGGAAACCUGCCAUGCAAAGAGCAAUGAUUUACUUAUUUUUGGCCAUGUUCUCGAAGAUUGAAGAUGAAAGACUGGAGACCACUGACUAGACUAGACAUUGUCACUGUGUAGUUAUUAAUUUAGCAACCUUUUUCUGUGGAUUGGGGGUUGUGUAGUAGGGGCUCUAGAGUGGAUGAAACAACCCCUUCUCUUUUCAGCAAUUAAUAUAGAAUCUGUAACAAUUUGCAAAGUAAUCUAUUGUGUCUCUUAUUGUUGUUAACUGUUGUAAACUAAACAUGUCAAAUAAAAGAAUCUAUUGCCCAAUUAAAGGGCUUUCAGUAAAGAACAAUGGAUUAUUUUCUGCAUUGACCUGCCUUUGCAUGUAAUCAAAGUGUACCUAGCAAUUCCAAACCAUCAACAAUGCUGAUGAUUUAU